AUGUCAAGUCCAAGUGAAUCAUUGAUAAAAGCCAGAGAUUUGGCGUCCAAUGGUAAUUAUGUAGAGGCAGAAAAACAAUAUUUCAGUAUUAUUCAAGGUAAUAAUGUUGAUGAGUUACCUAGUAAUAAAUUUUUACAAGAACAAGAAUUCAGUAUAUUAGAAUUGGGUAAAAUCUACCAAGAUAACAAACAACCAGAUAAAUUAAAACAAUUGAUUACAGAUUCUCGUUCUAUCUUAGGUAACUUUGCCAAGUCCAAGACUGCCAAAAUUGUCAAAGCAUUAAUUGAAGAUUUUGAUACAAUUCCUGAUACUAUUGGUUUACAGAUCUCUGCCACUAAAGAAUGUAUUGAUUGGGCAGUUGAAAGUAAAUUAUCUUUCUUAAGACAAAACUUGCAAUUAAAAUUAAGUGACUUGUUGUACAAAAAUGGAGAUUAUAAAGAUUCUUUGAAAAUCAUCAAUGAAUUAUUAAGAGAAUAUAAGAAAUUGGACGAUAAAUCAUCAUUAGUUGAAGUUCAAUUAUUAGAAUCUAAAAUUUACCAUGCUUUAAGAAACAUUCCAAAAUCAAGAGCUUCAUUAACUGGAGCUAGAACUUCAGCCAAUUCCAUCUAUUGUCCUACAAUUUUACAAGCAGAAUUAGAUUGUCAAAGUGGGAUAUUAAAUGCUGAAGAAAGAGAUUAUAAAACUGCAUUCUCAUACUUUUAUGAAAGUUUCGAAGGAUACAAUUCUCAAGAUGAUUCCAAAGCUAUUGAUGUUUUGAAAUAUAUGUUAUUAACCAAGAUUAUGUUGAAUUUAGUUGACGAUAUAAAUAAUAUUUUGAGUCAUAAGAAUGUUGUAAAGUUUCAAUCAAAAGAUAUUGAUGCUAUGAAAUCCAUUGCUAAAGCUUAUUCCAAUAGAUCAUUGAAAGAAUUUGAAACUUCUUUAAUCACUUAUUCAAAAGAAUUGAAAUCUGAUCCAAUCAUCAAAAACCAUUUCAAUUCAUUAUAUGAUAAUUUAUUAGAACAAAAUUUAUUAAAAAUCAUCGAAUCUUAUAAUUGUGUUGAAUUAUCCCAUAUUUCUAAGACCAUUGGUUUGAAUUUACAACAAGUUGAAGGGAAAUUAUCUCAAAUGAUUUUAGAUAAAGUAUUCUAUGGAGUCUUGGAUCAAGGUAAUGGUUGGUUAAUCAUUUAUGAUGAACCUAGAAAAGAUUCUACUUAUGAAGCUUCAUUAGAUUUGGUAAAGAAUUUGUCCAAUGUAGUGGAUUUAUUAUAUGAAAAAGCAUCAGCUUUAAAUUAG